AUGGCUGUUGCCAAGGGGAUGCUCCCCUGCUGGGCGGCCUUCUCGCAGACGUGGGAAGGCCCACCAUCUGUCUCUCGGCUGGCCGGCGAAGCUCACCCGGCCGUGUUGGCCGGUGGAGCCGACCCGAGGCGGCGAUGCUCCGAACAGACCGGCGUGUCCGUCUCUGGGGCGGCCACUGCUUUGGCGGCAGCUGGGAGAGCGAUGAAAGCAAAGGGGGCACGGACCAAGCUGAAGAAGAAGCGCCCAGCUGGGCUCGGCUUCAGUACGCCGAGGGUGUCAGAUGAGCCUGUCACAGGCUAUGACACUGGCCCCAAACUUCUUGAGAUCCUGAAGUAUCCGCAUCCGGCCCUCCGGCGUCCGAAUGCCGAAGUGACAGACUUCGGUCCUAAGCUUCGGCAGCUGUCUGAGAACCUCUUUCGGACCAUGUACGCGAAGGACAAUGGCUGCGGGCUUGCCGCACCCCAAUGCGGCGUCAAUCUGCGGGUGAUGGUGUACAACUACCAGCGCAUCGAGGGCGAAGGUCGAAAACCUGAAGGUGAAGUGGUCUUCGUGAACCCUCGUAUAACGGCGCAUUCCGAGGAGGAGUGCGAGAUGCUGGAGGGCUGCCUCUCCUUCCCGAAUUUCGGGGCCCCAGUGGUGCGGCCUGCGUGGGUGGAGGUGCAGGCGGUAGACUUGGAUGGAAGCCCGCAGCUUGGCUAA